AUGGUGCCGGACCCUCCCUUUCAAAGCCGGCCCACGGAUAUGCUUGAGGCGGCAGUUCAUGUCUCCUUUACUGCCAUCGCCGCCAAGAAGCUCGGCCUCGUCAAAUCCAUUUUUGCCUUAGUUCCCCACCGUCUCCACUGUCCUCCUUUGACAUUGACACCCCUUACAACCAUCUACCACCAUCCUACCUCUACAGCGGGCACCACUUUCCGCCUUCCCAACGAGAGCCGGCAUAUGAUUUUAGUGCAUCUAUGGUACAAUAAGAUGUGUGGUCUCAAUGUCUUUGAGGGCUUUAGAUCUUUCCAAAGACUACAAAAACGCCCAAAGAUUACACUCAUGUUUUCUUGA